AAAGUUGGAGAAUGUGUUCUGUCGUCGAAAAUAAAAUUGAUUACAGUGGUGUGGAAGAAUUAUCGAAUAGCGAAGAAAAUAAUAAUAAUAAUUAUGAUGAAAAUAAUACUUUUGCUGAAGAAUUUCAGGACGAAUUUGGAGAACAGACAACACAUCUAUGCUGCGAGAUUUGCAACAUAAAGGUAACAAGUGCGAAAAUCCUGCAACGACACCUAUACGGCAGGAAACAUAAAAUGAGAUCUGAAAGGAAGGGAAAAUCGUAUUACUGUGAUCUAUGCGAUCUUACAGCAAACAGUGAAACACAACUCAAUAUUCACAUGAGUAGUAAGUGCAUACGUAAGGGUGUCUGAAAAAAUUGAUAUCGCUAACACCCUUAAAUACAUAUAAAAAACUUAUAAAUAUUUUUUAGGUUCAAAAUAAUGCAAUAAAUAAUUGUAACAAGUGCGAAAAUCCUUCAACGACACCUAGACGGCAGGAAACAUAAAAUGAGAUCUGAAAGGAAGGGAAAAUCGUAUUACUGUGAUCUAUGCGAUCUUACAGCAAACAGUGAAACACAACUCAAUAUUCACAUGAGUAGUUCAAAACACAAAUCCAAGAUAACAAAAAAAGAAUACUCAGAGUUUACAAACUUGUCAGCAAAUUCCAAAGCAUUAUGGAUUCUUAUAUUCUGUUUAUUGUGUAUUUUCCUUAACUUGUUGCUAUUAUUUAGGCUAUAUCUAUAGCUUUUUAAGUAUUUAUUUAAUGGGCCUGUAAAAACACUUUUUAAUUUUAAUUUAUUUAUAAUGCUAACAAAUGAAACUAUUUUUACUGCCCUGUAUUUGAUCUCUUUAUAUACACUUAUUUAUAUUUAA